AUGGGGGACAUGAUGGUAAAUAAUAGUGGCAAUGGGACAAAAGAAAACGUUGAAGCAACUGAAGGAAGUUUAAAUUAUGGAAGUUCAAGUGGAAGCCAGCGUAAAAGCUCAAGUGGAAGUCAGCAUGAUAUUCAAUUAGAUGAUGUCAUAGAUAAUGCUAUUGAAGACCAAUACGAAGAUACAAUGAGAUCUCUACGCUCAACUUCUGCAAAUUCACAAGAGGGAACAACUAUAAACACAAGCUUGCCGGAACAUGAGAUAACAGAAAAGCAUGUACUUAUUAAAUGGGGGAAGGAUGAAAAUGGUGUCUUGAUAAAGAUCCAAUCAUCCGACAUUAUUAAAGCAUCUGAAUAA